AUGACUGUGUUUUUAGGUGUUUACAAGGCGAUCUAUGAUUAUGAACCUCAAACGCCUGAAGAAUUAGAAAUCCAUGAGGAUGAUCUAUUGUAUCUACUAGAGAAAUCAGAAGUUGAUGAAUGGUGGACGGUGAAGAAACGUGUCAUUGGUUCAGAUGUAGUAGAGCCAGUUGGUCUUGUACCAUCAAACUAUAUUGAAGAAGCUCCUGCAAUUUCUCAAAUGAAGGCAUUAUAUGAUUAUACAGAAGCUCAAAAUCAAGAGGAAGAACUAACAUUCCAUGAAAACGAUAUUUUUGAUGUAUAUGAUGAUAAGGACCCAGAUUGGCUUUUAGUUAAAUCUAGGACUUCAAACGAAGUCGGUUUCAUUCCAGGCAAUUAUGUGGAACCCGUUGGCGGUGCCCCAGCUACAGCUCCAGGCAUGGUACCUGCUAUAGUAGCUGCGUCUCCAACAACAGCAACUACAAAUGUUGAUGUUUCUACUUUCCUACCCCCACCUCAGCGUGUGGAUAGAGUAGAACAAAAGCAAGAAACUGCCCCCAAGAUCCAAGAACCAACACCAGAACCAGAAUACCAUGAUGAAUACAAUGAUGAGGAAGAAGCACCUCCACCAAAACCUACUAGACCAACGUCAACUGUGGAGCCAUCAAGAGCUGAUUCUCAUAAAAGACGAACAUAUUAUGACGAUGAAAGUAAUAACAAUAAUGACCGUUAUGACAAUGAAAACAAUUAUAACAACCGUCGUGAUACAGACCGUUAUGAGGAUACUUAUGCAAAUGAUGACGGUUAUCAACCAGAACCACACACAUGGAAAGUUAAUGAAAUUGGCGGCCGCAGAAAACAUAAGGCUAAAUUGAUUAUCGGCAAUAAUAAGAUACAUUUCAUUCCAAAUAAAGGUGAUCCUCAAGAAUGGUCUAUUGACAAAUUGGUUUCGUAUGAUAAGGAAAAGAAACAUAUGUUUUUAGAAUUUAUUGAUCCAUACAAAAGUUUAGAAUUACACACUGGUAACAACGAUACUUGCAAUGAAAUAAUGUCAAUUAUUGGAGAAUUUAAAGGCGCAUCCCGUGAUCCAGGCCUACGUGAAGUUCAAAUGGCCACCAAAUCUAAGAAGCAAGCACGUAUAAUGUUUGAUUUCAUUGGUGAAGCACAAGAUGAGCUGACAGUAAAAGAAGGUGAUAUGGUCUAUAUCUUAAAUGAUAAAAGCUCCAAGGAUUGGUGGACAUGCGAAUUAGUCGAUUCACACAAAAGAGGUGUCGUCCCAGCUCAAUUUGUGGAACCUGUUAAAGAUAAAUCGUCUUCUACUGGAUUAUUCAGCUCAUUAAAGAAAAUGACUAAGAGUUCAUUAUCCAAAUCACCAUCGAAAGACAACACUAGUGAUUGGAAGAGUGAUGCUUAUCAAAAUAUAUCACCUAGCAGGAACAGAGCACAAAGCAGAUCUAGGGUGGGUUCUGUUUCUGCCAAAAGAAAGAGAUCAUCUUCAGCUAGCAACGUAAACCAAGAUAGGAAGAAGGAAUUUCCCGAUCCAAAAAAAAUGCGUUUAUGGGUCGAUAGAACUGGAACAUUCAAAGUAGAAGCUCAAUUUAUUGGAUGUGCUGAGGGUAAAAUCCAUUUGCACAAAUCCAACGGUGUUAAAAUUGCUGUUGCAGCAAAUAAAUUGUCUGAUCAAGAUUUGAAUUAUGUCGAAAACGUUACAGGCUUUAGCUUAGAUAAGUUUAAGGAAAGAAAAGGUGACUCCGGUGAUGCUAGAGAUACAGAACGUGAAAGAAGAAGAAAGUUAAGAGAAAAGGAAGAAAGAGAACGUGACAGAAGGCUAAGAGAAAGGGAACUUGCAGAAUUACAAAGAGCAAGAGAAUUAUUGGAGGAAGGUGCUGCAAAAUUGAACCAAGAAAAGGAAUUACCACCUAUUAAACCUCCAAGACCUUCCUCAACAGGUCCUGAUAUGACAAGUCCGAAUAGAAGACAAAGGAGUGGUUCCAGAGCUAAAAAGGAUGGCUAUGAUUGGUUUGAAUUCUUCCUUAACAGUGGUGUGGAUGUUAAUAAUUGCCAAAGAUACUCCAUUAAUUUUGAUAGAGAACAAAUUACCGAGGAUAUGAUGAGCGAUAUCAACCCAUCGAUGUUAAGAACAUUAGGCUUGCGUGAAGGAGACAUUGUUAGAGUAAUGAAAUACCUUGACAAUAAAUUUGGUAGAGAGGCACAGACACAAGUUUCAGCUACUACAGGUGGAUUGUUUUCUGAACCAGACGGUUCAUUGAAAGUUAAUAAUGCAGUUACUGGAGGACAACAGAUGUCAUCACCGCCUAUGGCCCAAACUCAAUCAAUGCCACUGGCUGCGGCUCCUGUUACAGGUCGCGACGAAGAUGCAUGGACCGUGCAACCAGCGGCUCAAUCACAACCUAACCUUGUAGCUGGUAAAAGUGAAUUCACCGGAUCUAUGCAAGACUUAUUAGAUUUAGAACCAUUGGAACCAAAGAAGGCUGUCAACGCAGCACCUGAACCCAAGUUAGCUGAAUUAGAACCUGUGAAAACUGGUUCGAGCGCCAAGCAACAAUUGGCUCCGGCAACAACAGGUGGCACAACACUAGUACCUCUUGAUCCAUUCAAAACAGGUGGAAACAACUAUUUACCAAUGAAUACGACAUUUGUUAUGAUGCCAUUUACAACCGGUGGUGCAUUUAAUGUCCCACAAACAUCAUUUGGAAUGGGUGGAAUUCUUCCUGUUCAAAAAACUAAUAACGGCUUGAUUCCAAUUGCCACUACUGGAGGGGCAAUGCCUUUAACAUCGUUUGCAUCUCAAACUACAGGCAAUUUAAUGCCAUUACAAAGGACAGGUGGCCUAUUGCCAUUAUCUGCCACAGGUGGUGCCAACAUCAUUACUCAAACUACUUUUGGAAUGCCUCCUGCAGGGUCAGUACUACCUGUUCAAAAGACAGCAAAUGGACUGAUUGCAGCAAAUUCAACUGGUGGAUUACUUCCUCUUCAAACGACGGGAGGUAUGCUGGGAUUGCAAAGAACAGGUGGCUUAAUUCCUCAAACCAGCUUUGCGACCCAACUUACCGGAGGUGCAAUCCCCCAAACCAGUUUCGGGGCUCAGUUAACAGGUGGUGCAAUUCCACAAACUAGCUUCGGUAAUCAACUGACUGGCGGUGCUUUCCCUCAAACCAGCUUCGGCGGUCAACUAACUGGUGGUGCCAAUAUCAUACCCCACACCUCAUUUGCCCAGUCAACGAGUGCAUUGCCCCAAACAUCAUUUGGAAUGCAACCUACUAGUACGUUUCAACCUCAAUCUACAUUUGGCGUGACUUUGCAAAAGACAGGUGGCCUAGCUCCGUUACCACAAAACCAGUUUACGGGUGGGGCCAUGCAACAACAACAACCAAUAAUGAAUGCGUUUAAUACCGGUGGCGCAAUGCAACAACAGGCUCCGAUGAUGAACACCUUUAAUACUGGUGGUGCAAUGCAGCAACAACAGCCAAUGUUGAAUGCCUUCAAUACAGGAGGUGCAAUGCAAUCACAAGGAAUAAAUAAUUUAACCCAAGGCAUGCAAAACACUUUUAUUUCACAGCCAUCUCAACCUCAACAACAAAUUCCACUACAGACGCAACCAACUGGCUUUGGUUUUGGGAAUGGUCCACAACCACAGGCACAACAAGGACAACAACAAAAGCAAGCAAACUUAUUAAAUGCAACGGCAGCAAAUCCAUUUGGAUUUUAA